AUGGGCGGAACAGCUCUACCACCUCGGCUCUUGGAUGCGGCCGAAGAACUCAUUUUCCGACAGAUCACGAAUCUUUCAACAUUGCCACCGGUGUCGUUGACGAAUCCAACGAAGCUGCUGCCCACAGUCCAAUUGAUUCAAAGCGCUUUGAUCAUGGAGAUGCUCCAAUUCGGACAAGACCAGAUAGACACGAGACGACGCAUCCGCAUCAUCCGACAUCCAUGCCUCGUCUCCGUUCUGCGAUCGCUGGGAUUUUUCCAGCUGAGGCGAAGCAUGACUCCGAGUGUCUGUGAUGAUACUACGUGGAGAGAGAUGGUUGCAGAGGAAGCUUGUAUACGGGUCGCAUCUUGGGUCUUUCUAGCAGAUGGAUUCCUUACAGUCUGUUUCAAGAACCAUCCCUCCCUGUCGAGCUUCGAGCUGAACUGCGACUUUCCCUGGCCUACUGAACUAUGGGAGGCAGACGGAGCAGCUGCUUUCAGUACCAGUGCUGCCUCGCAUGCUGACGCGCCGCCAAUACCACCGCUACGCGAGGCACUAGGACAACUGCUCAGUCAUUCUAACCCAGGUGAUCCGAUAGCUUGGCAUCGGUCGCCGUCAGUCGAGCACCUCUUGAUCUUGAUAUACGGUAUGUUCCCGUGGAGUUCGGCACUUGACCGUCUGAUCUUGGAUCAAAACCGACUGACCGUGAACAUAGCGAUGAACACCCUGGCAUUCCAAGCCAGAGCCGGGUUUCUCGGCUACCUCCCAGCCAAAAGCAUCGAAAACGCAGCUCGCGACUGGAAAGGUAUCUGGGAUUCUACCAUCGCUCGACUGGGCAAAGAACGGUACCUGCUGCUAGGGUAUCCGCAGCAUGCGGAAGAGCUUUGGUGUCUAUUGACCGCUACGUUGAAUGCCUCUAAUAAACAGCAAGCGUCAAUUCGAUACCUCGAUAGUGCGGCAACGGAUGAUUUGGAAGACUUGCAUGAAUUUAUCGAGCGGUGUGGUCCUGCUGAUGGGUGA